AUGUUGAAACUAUUCAUCCUAGCCCUGCUUUGCGUGGGCACAAUCGUCUCCGCCCAGACAUCUGGAUGCCUCGUCGGAAACUCAUGUCUCCUUGACACUACCUACACCGUGUCUGGUCAAACCAGAUGGAACUGUAACGUGAUCAACCUCGGAACACCAGUCAACCACAUCAAGCUCGUCCUCCAAGAUAACGCGGGAAUCCUCUCUGUUGAUGGCCUCAAGUUGGCUGCCGACGGAAUCGUCUUUGACUUCUUCCCAGACCGCAGCAUGAACGCCCUCCAGACCAACGGCAACCACCCAUGGUCGUACAUCACCCGUGGCGAUCAGCCAGCCACCGUCUACGUUGAGUGCGGUGCCUCCAGCACCGGCCCAGUCACCGGCACCAUCACCACCGGCCCAGUCACCGGCCAGGUCACCACCACCACCGGCCCAGCCCCAGGUUGCCUCGUUGGUAACUCGUGCAUCCUCGACACCACCUACGUCGUUGCCGGCCAGACCAGAUGGAGCUGCAACGUCAUCAACCUCGGAACCCCAGUCAACCACGUCAAGCUCGUUCUCCAGAACAACGCUGGUGUCAUCUCUGUUGAUGGUCUCAAGUUGGCCGCCGACGGAAUCGUCUUUGACUUCUUCCCAGACCGCAGCAUGAACGCCCUCCAGACCAACGGUAACCACCCAUGGUCGUACAUCACCUACGGCGAUCAGCCAGCCACCGUCUACGUUGAGUGCGGUGCCUCCACCACCACCACUGGCCCAAUCACCACCGGUCCAAUCACCACCACCGGAACCCUCUGCCCAUUGAGCAUCCAGUGCCAGAUCGACGCUAACUUCCACACCGUCGGCCAGACCAAGUACAACUGUAUGGUCCUCAACAACGGUGCCGCCGCCAUCUCCAUGGCCAACAUCCUCCUCUCCAACAACGCCAACCUCGUCUCGAUCGACGGUCUCACCACCUCGAACGGAAUCAACUUUGACUUCUUCCCAUCGCGUGCCCAGUCUGCCCUGCAGCCAAGCCACGGCCACCCAUUCACCUACGUUGUCAACGGUGUCUCGCCAUUGAUGUUCAACGCCUGCGGAGGCUCAGCCACCUCAACCACCACCACCGGCACCACCACCACCGGUACCACCACCACCGGAGGUGUCUGCCAGUUCUCCCUCAGCUGUGCCGCCGACUCUGACUUCUCCGUCGCCGGUCAGACCAGAUUCAACUGCAUGAUCCUCAACCUCGGAUCCCCAGCUGCCCGCAUCAACGUCAACCUCUUCAACAACGCCAACUUGCUCGCCCUCAACGGUCUCACCACCACCGACGGUGCCAACUUUGACUUCUUCCCAUCGCGUGCCACCUCUGCCCUCCAGACCAACCAUGCCCACCCAUUCAACUACAUCGUCUCUGGCAACCAGCAGAUCGGAAUCAACCUGUGCGCCCCAGCCACCACCACCACCACCACCACCACCGGUACCUCCACCUCUGGCUCGUCGACCACCGGCACAUCCGGCCCAAUCUCCACCGGCCCAGUCACCUCUGGCUGCACCCUCGCCAACGUCUGCUACCAGGACUCCCAGACCACCGAGAACAACCAGCUCUACACCAAGUUCACCUGUGAGAUCACCAACUUGGGCAACUUUGCCAUCUCGCACACCAACGUCAACUUUGAUGACAACUCCAACCUCGUGAAGAUCGACGGUCUCACCACCAUCGAUGCCGGUCUCUCCUUCGACUUCUUGCCCCACGUCGAGCAGACCCCAAUUGAGAUUGGCGCCAAGUACUCAUGGUCGUACGUCGUCAAGGGAUCAUCCCCACUCCGUGUCAACAUCUGCACUGGUAGCUCAUCGACCUCCACCACCGGUACCUCCACCACCGGCACCACCACCACCGGUACCUCCACCACUGGCACCACCGCCACCGGUACCUCAGGCUCGACCACCGGCUCAUCCACCACCACCGGCUCAUCGUCCUCCACCACCGGCCAAUGCAUGUGCCCAUGCGCCUGCACCACCACCACUGGCUCCACCACCUCCAGCCCAAUCGUCUGUGACGCCACCUUCUCCCAGUCGCUCUCCAACACCUUCUCCCAGGACGGCUGCACCUACAGCCAGUUCAACGUGACCAUCAGAAACAUUGGUACCCAGGCUCUCAAGUCGGCCAUCGUCUACACUGCCGCCGAGCCAUUGGACAACUUCUCUGGUGCCCGCAAGGUCGAGGCCCACAACUACGACAUCUCUGAGGAGGCUGCUGCCAAGACCGUCAUGGUUGGCAACACCUACACCUGGUCGUACGUCAUCAAGGGAUCCGCCCCAACUGCCAUCAACAUCGUCUCUGUUGCCUGCAACUAA